AUGCCACAAAGAUCAAUUUCAAAGUGUGAUCACACGUGUGUCUGUUUGUCCUCCUCUCCGCAUGCUGCUGUAGCAGGUUUCAGACGACAAGGCCAACGGCAACGCCUCGCUGCGAUCAAAGCAGACCAUCAAAGCUUCCCACGAGAAGACAAACUCUUACUUGAAGAAGACGACAGAGCCUUUCCUGCCCCUUUGUUGCUGCCUGGAGAUGAUCUUGCCGGAGAUCCAGAAGACCCGCAGAGCUUUCAAGAAUGGCUUGAUGAGGAAGACCGCAAUCCGGUAACCGAAAAGCAAAAAACGAUCUAUGUCGUUCCAUCUCCUCAAAUUGAUGCAGAUGUUGACUUCGUGGGAACAUGGGAAACACCAAAAUGUCCAGAUCAUGAGUCCAUAAAACCCCCUAGUACGAAGGAUGUCCAGGACUAUCUGACUGCGUUCUAUCACGGUCUUCCUGUCAAGAUGAUGCCACCAUCUACCUUGAAGUUUAUUCCAUGGAAAACCCCUAAGAAGAAACCUCAGAAGAAAACAGGCCUGCAAUACCUGGGUCUAAAAUCCGGCGAUGAGUGCGUGCGGGUUCGCUCACGUACCUUGUCAAAUGGGGUAUAUAGGGGCCAAGUCAAUCUAGACGAUCUUCUCGAUGUUGCCAUCAGCAUUUUACCAAAAGAUGCAUAUGCCCUCUUGAUAAUUGUGGAUUUCGAUCUCUACGAGGACGAUGAUGACGAGUUCGUAUGUGGCCGCGCGUACGGGGGAAGUCGCGUUGCCGUGGUAUCCAGUGCAAGAUAUAAUCCGAUACUAGAUUCUAUUCAAGAUGUCGAGCGUCUCCAUGCAUGGCCUGCAUCUCAUUGUGAGAAAUCUAUGUCUGCAUGUGCUUCGGCAGAACCAACUGCCAAGAGACAGAAAAGACCUCCGGUCAAUAGCCGAGGAUCACAAAAAAAUUCGUUUUCGGAGCUUACCGGACCUGUGAAGGAUGCAGUAUCAUUCUACCGCUCCCUCCCAGAGAUAGAUUCAUCGCCUUCAUUACUUUCCGCACUCUGGUUAGGUCGCGUUUGUCGGACAGCGAGCCAUGAACUGGGUCACUGCUUCGGUAUUGGCCAUUGCGUGUACUACGCGUGCUCAAUGCAAGGCACUGCGUCUAUCUGCGAAGACGCAAGGCAGCCGCCUUAUCUCUGUCCGGUUGAUCUGGCGAAGGUUAUUUGUGCCACUUCAACAUCUGCGUUGGAACGAUACCGGGCUCUUCUGGCGAUUUGUGAACGGCCGGGUAAUAGUGGUACACAUUUCUUCGGACCGUUUGCUACUUGGAUCCGAAGUAGGCUAGGUCAGAUCGAGAACUCGGCUUGA